AUGAUAGAAUAUGGAGUCGGAUGCUCGUCCAUUACGAACGGCCUUGUAGACGUGCAACUAUGGGUGCCUUUCGACGAUCCAGCUACGUUAUGCUACGAUGUAGGAGGACCCGGUAUCAAUGCUCAGGGACCGCGCACCAGAGUCGAGAGAGCUUUAUGCGCUUGUUUGAUGAGCUUUCGCAAUCCUCUUCGUGAUCAAGCCUGGCGCAAUGCUGCCGCAAACAAGCUGCCGAAAUGGCACACGAGUUUCGAUAGCGAGCGCUCUCAGAUCCCAAGGGCGGAAUUACCGCAGAACUCGAACCUGGACACUAGCUCCGAAUACACUAGUCUCGAGCAGACUACUUCUGAGUACAUACCUUCAUCGUCUCCUGUGGGGUCUCCCGUCGUCGAAGGUCGUCGAGCGCCCACAGGAGCGGCCUCUGGUUGCGCUCCAUCAUCCAACAGACACCCCCAAGAGGACUCUUCUGAUUCUGAAGCCGGUCCUACUGCAUUUGCUGGACGGAAGCGAGGGUUUAGCGAUGUCACAUCGUCUCCUCCAACCCAACGGUCUGCGCCGCGAGCAGAUCGCCAAGUGAACUAA